AGCUAAAGGAAAGGCCAGAAAGGAAGAAAAGUAAAGCACUGCAACCAUCCAUUGCUGUAUCUGCUUAGAAGAUAGUUAAAUAAGGCUGACAGGAGAAGGCUCCUCCCACUGACGAGUGGAUUCCCUUCCUGUGUGAUUACUCUCCUGAAACUUGUGCUAGUUUUUAAGGCAAGGCAGCUGGGAGCUGGUUAUGGAGGGGAAUCCCAAUACUCCAGGCAUGUCUUUAGAUGUGCUGCUGUCUGCAAGGCACUUUCAGAAUUUCUGCAGGAGCUCAUCUGACUAUGGCAGCAUGAUAGAAGAGAUGAGAAGGAAGGAAUUUAGCAGAAUUAGAGAUAUGACCUACCUGGAUAAUGCUGGGGCAGCAUUAUUUCCUCAAAGCCUUUUGGAUGGAUACAUGAAGGACCUGUCUGAAAAUGUUUAUGGUAAUCCUCAUAGUCACUGCAUAAGCAGCAGAUUAACAUAUGAAACUGUGGAAAACACACGAUACAGGAUUCUACAACAUUUUAAUACAACUGCUGAAGACUACACUGUCAUCUUUACUUCAGGAAGUACUGCGGCUAUUAAACUAGUAGCAGAAAUAUUCCCAUGGACGCCAAACUGUUUAAACAACUUAGGGAGUCAGUUUUGUUACUUAACUGACAAUCACACUUCUGUAAUUGGUAUAAGAGGAAUAACUAAAAUCUUUAACGUACCGUCUGUCCCUGUAAAACCAGAAGACAUGCUUCAGUCAAAGAAACUAGAAUCAGACUGUCAUCAACAAGGUGAAUACUGCAAGACACCACAUCUGUUCUGUUAUCCAGCCCAAAGCAAUUUUUCCGGCACAAAGUAUCCACUUGCAUGGAUAGAAAAACUUAAAUGUGGAAAAUUAUUCCCACUGGGCACUCCAGGAUCUUGGUUUGUGCUACUUGACGCAUCUUCGUAUGUCAGUACAUCACCAUUAGACUUGUCAGUAUAUCAACCAGAUUUUGUUACUAUUUCAUUUUAUAAAAUAUUUGGCUUCCCAACUGGCUUGGGUGCUUUAAUUAUGUCAAAUCGUGUGACCCAUCUACUACGAAAAAAUUACUUUGGAGGUGGAACAGCAGCAGCAUAUCUUUCUGAGGAGGAUUUUUUUGUUCCAAAGGCAUCCAUAUCUGACAGAUAUGAAGAUGGAACUAUUUCAUUCUUGGACAUAAUAGCAAUCAAAUAUGGUUUUGAUACUUUGGAGAGGCUCACAGGAGGAAUGGAGAAUAUUAGAAAUCAUACCCAUACUUUGGCUAGUUAUACUUUUUCGGUGCUGUCUGCCUUGCGUUAUGCUAAUGGAGCUCCUGCAAUACAUAUCUACAGUGACACAGAGGUUAGGAAUUUGGAUUUGCAAGGUCCAGUCAUUAAUUUUAAUGUACUGGAUGAAAGUGGAGGCAUAAUCGGCUACUCUCAGGUUGACAAGUUGGCUAGCCUUUAUAAUAUCCAAUUCCGCACAGGGUGUUUUUGCAAUAAUGGAGCAUGCCAAAAACAUCUUGGAAACAGCAAUAUGGAUAUUAAACUGAAUCUUAAGGCUGGACAUGUUUGUGGCGAUGAUAUAGAUGUGAUCAAUGGAAAACCUACAGGCUCUAUCAGAAUCUCGUUUGGCUUUAUGUCUACUUUUGAAGAUGCAAGAAUAUUUUUAAAAUUUAUAAUUGAAUGCUUCAUAAAAAGACCCACUCAUGAAAUAUCAAAUAUCAAGCUUCUAAGACAAGAUCAAACAAAUUGUUUGCCAGGAUCUGAUACCAACGAGUUACAAUGUCUCCAGAGCAACAGGGCACAUGGUGAAGAUUUAUGCAUUCCUCAUAUCCGUAUUCUCAAUGAAAUGUCUUCAGCCUCAAAUACUUGUACACACAGUUCAACAGAAAUAUCAUCAUUAGAGACAAAUCACAAAGCUAUCACACUUGCCUCUAUUUACCUCUACCCAAUCAAAUCAUGUGCACCAUUUCAGGUUUCCCAGUGGCCUGUGGCAGAACAAGGUCUUUUAUUUGAUCGGAAUUGGAUGAUAGUUAACGAGAACAGAGUUUGCUUUAGUCAGAAGCAGGAGCCAAACUUAUGCCUGAUAUAUCCAUCUAUUGAUCUUAAGAAAAACAUCAUGAUAAUUAAGGCAAAAGGAAUGGGUCCAAUAGAAAUACCUCUAAUUGAUGACAACAAUGCAAAUGCUCCCAUAUGCCAAAAUAAAAUCUGUGGAGAUAGAGUGCAGACAUACGAUUGUGGUGAGAAGAUUGCAGAUUGGCUGUCUCGGUUCCUUAAUCGCAAAUGUCGUUUGAUCAGGCAAUCAUCAAAUUUCAGUCGAUUUGCAAACACAAACAGAAAAGGUUUGUCCGGUGUCCCUCCAUCGACCCUUUCUUUAGUCAAUGAAGCUCAGUAUCUUCUAGUAAAUAGAGCAAGCAUUUUAUUCCUUAGACAGCAAAUGGAGUCAAGUGAUAUUGAGAUUGAUCAGCUGACCCAGCGUUUCCGAGCUAACAUAGUCAUCAAUGGGCAUCAACCCUUUGAAGAAGAAAAAUGGACAGAGGUUUUCAUUGGAGGGGUGCAUUUUCAGGUUUCAGGCAAGUGUAAUAGAUGUCAAAUAAUUUGUAUUGACCAGCAUACUGGAGAGAAAAAGAAAGACGUGUUUCAAACAUUGUCGACAAGCAGAGAGGGGAAGGCAACAUUCGGCAUGUAUCUUCUAAACUCAUCAUGUUCAUCAUAUCCAGCAGUACUGAAAGUGGGAUCUCCUGUGUUAUUUACAGAAAAGUAAAAGGAUACUUUUUGCUCCAUAUCUGAAGAAUAUGUGAAGAACAUACACAUACAAAUGCAUGGAUAGAUUUAACCCUUAACAGUAACACCAAAAAUCAAAAGGUUAUAAGGUAAUAAAAAUAUAAUGUACUGUUGGCCUGCACUGAUAAAACUGGUGUGUUUACUAUAGAAACUCUACUGUAGUUUAUAUAAAAAAGCUGCUGUGUAGCCAUGGGGCAGCCAUUCAAAACUGAAAAAGGAGAAAAGGCCCAGGAUACCCAGCAGAUAACAUGAGAAGCUCUGUCGUAUACAAUGGGAAUCUUCAGAACUUAACUAUCUACUGUGUUAAGCAGUAGCUUGUUUAUAUAAACUGUAGUAGUUUCUGAUGCAAAGACACCAGUUUUACCAGUGCAGGGCAACACUACAUUAUAUUUCCAUUACUUCAAAGCUCUUUCACUUUUUGGCAUUACUGUUCCUUUAAGUGCUAGCAGAAUGUCACAUUUCAUUUGCACGAAGAUGUUUUUGAACAUUUUGUACUCUCACAACCUCUGGAAAAAGAUUUAGAGAUCUAAAUACUAAAAACAUUAAAAAAUCAAAUUUUUCAUGAUCUAACAUAAAAUAAAUUAUUUCAUGCACAAAUUCAACAAAUUUGGAAAGCAUCAUGCUCUCAAACGUGCAUAUAUGCAAAGUUUUAUGGAGAUUUCUGACUUCUAUAGAUCAAAAACUCUGAGCAGUCAAUUUUCAAAUGCUACAACAGAAUAUGGCAUACUCUAUUGGCAAAUUCUGAAACAGUGGGUUUACCUCAGGAAAACAUGUCAUUUUUAAAAUUGCACAUUGUGUUGCAUCCAAAAUGGGUAACCAUGUCUUUCUACUACUAACCUAAUUACCAAACAUCAUGCAAAAAAAUUGUGGUCGUUGUGCAUUGCUUCUAUAUUCCAGACACCCUCCAGUGAUUAGCCACUGGUACUGAUGACAUCGGUCUCACCAACAGCUCUUGUGCCCGUGGUCAAAAAGGGACUUUUCAAUUGUUUGAGCCUAAAAGUACUCUAGUUAAAUACAUGUUAUGGAAGCAUACACACCUAAAAUUACUGAUUGGUGGAUAUGCACACACUCUAGUUUUACAGCUUGUAGCAUGGCUUACAUUUCAGACUCUCUAACACCAUAGAGGAUAUAGUUAACAUGCCAAAGGGUAAUUUCACCCUUCUCCAAUACAAUACCACUCUCAUCCUUAUGGUUACAGCAUAGUUAAUAUAACUAGGUACUGUUUGGUAAAAAUACUUUCAUACAUUUGUACCAGAGCCAUAUAUUCUGGCUCCACUCCUUCCCAAUCCCUACAUCCUCCCUACCAGUCUCUCCUUCUCAUGUGAGUUAUCCCUUCAGGAUAAAAUAAUUGAUUGAAGGGAUAUGCUUAAAUCAAUAAUCAAUAGGAUGCAUAGAUAAGUGCUAGAAACUGCUUGUUGCAAGGCAAACGACCCUUCAGGCUACAUGGUUAUGCCCAGUGCAUAUUAUCUGACAUACUCUGUAACAACUAAAUGACUGGCAUGCAUGGCAGAAAUACAUAUGUAACUGCAGAUGUGACACUUGUGCUAUUCCUGUCUGUAAGAUAUCCUGUUUUUCUGUCCCUCUGUGUCUUUCUGCACAUAGCCCAGAGAGGCAUACAAGGGUAUAUAACCCAGCUGCACCAAGCAAUAAACAAACAAGUAUCUUGUAUCACA